UAUUAAAAACAUUUUAAAUAUUUUAUCCUCUCAUCUCUUCUGUUCUGCUAAUUUCUUGUAUUUUCUUUCCUUGUCAGAUUAGAUGUAAAUUGAAAGUCUUAAAGUUUUCCUCCUUUUAAUUAGCUUUAAUAUUAGCUAUUGUUAGUUUUUAUUCACAGGAAUGAAAUAAUAAAUGUGCUGCAUUAGAAAAUAAAAUGAAUUCAAAGUUUGGUCGUUCUCAAAGAGAGACAACUAAUGUCGCAACCAACAAUCAACUUCGAAGAUCAGCUGGCGUAGAUCCUCUGCAAGGGAUUGGAUGUCUCUCUAACUUACACCCUGAGCUCAGAAAUCAGGGUCCACCUUUAUCAACAGCAUAUUUGCAGCAAGCUGGUAGGAUGAAUGGUGGAACAUUCAAUUCAGCACCUCCUCCUCUCCCACCUCGCCAUGAUAAUACAUCUAUGAAUAGGUACAGCAGAUAUUCUGGGUACCCUGGUAUAAAUAGGUAUUCCGGAAUGAACAGUUAUUACAGUCCACUCGGUCCAAGCAGAUACUCUUCUGGCCUUUAUUCCGGCAGUAUGUAUUCUCCUUAUUCCAAUUACCGAAUGCCGUAUGGGCAUUUCGGUGGCCCAAAUGAUGAAUAUAACAGUUUCUUGCAAAUGGCCGAGGAAAGUACGAGACCGGCAUUCGAGUCUAUUGAAUCUGUGGUGCAUAUUGUGAAUUCUAUUAGUAUGAUGCUUGAGUCAACUUAUGGAGCAGUUCAUAGUUCCUACAGUGCAAUUCUUGGCGUAGUUGAUCAGUUUUCAAGACUCAAAGAUCAUUUUACACAAGUGUUUUCUAUUUUAGCCAUGUUGAAGGGAUUGCAUUAUCUUUGUUUGAAAGUCCUUUAUCUUUUAGGAUUGAGAAAAGGUAAUCCAGCAGUGGAAGAGGCUUGGCAAACAGCACACAAAGCAGCCAUGACAGGAAAUUAUCCUCCAAAUUCCAAGGGUUCUAUUUGGCCUUUUUUCAUGUUUUUGUCUCUUGUUGUUGGAGCUCCAUGGCUUAUGUUUAAGCUACUGUCUAAAAAUGCUGUUAAAAAAGCUUUUGACCCCAAAAUGUGGGUUAAUGCAGAAGGGAAAAGAUCUUUAUCAUAUGCUGCAUAUGAUUUUGUAGCUACUCAGCCAGGAGAACUGUCUUUUAAAGCUGGUGAAAAGUUAAUAUUAUUCCCUCCAGAUCUUGAAGAAAUGCGAACCGUGAGAAAAAACUGGAUAUUGGCUUGUAAUGAGAAAAAUGAAACCGGUUCAAUACCAGUGAAUUAUUUGAGUUCUGUUCCUAGAGCAAUACCUAAUAAUCUCCCUUCAAGACAACGAACUUUCAUUUCUCAACAAGAAACACCACCUUUCUUUAAUUCAGACUUAACCAAUGAGGAGUCUAAUAUGAGUGUUAUACAGCCAGAUACAAGUAUUGAUGCUUCUAAAUAUAAUAGUGACGAAUCACAAAAUGAUGAUUCUUCUAGCUCAGGCAUCAGUUCAAGUUUAACACCUGUGCAUUCUGAUCUUGCUCAGUCUCAAAGUUCUAAAAGCUCUUUAAAUGAUUUAUCAGGCAAAUCUAUUUUAGAUCCUCCUUCAAGCUCUUUCAAUGAUACAAAUAUAACAGGUUUAUCUACUGUAGAUUCCUUAAAAGAACAACAAACUUCUGCUGUAAAAGAUUAAGUUAAAAGAAUUUUAAUGUUUUUCUUUUUGAUUGCUGCAUGUAAAUAAGUUAUUUAUAAUUGCAGUUUCAAUCAUUUUAAAAAAUAUAUAGUUCAAGUGUUUAGUAUCAAAGAUUGAAAUUCCUUUUUUUUUAUUAUUAUCUUAAAAUAAAAGGAAUUUUUUGGUUUGUUUGUAUCUAUCUUCUAAAUGAAUGCUGGUGGUAUGUUUAUUUAAUUAACUUUUUUUAAUUUUCAUUCUUAAUACAAUUUAACUCUUUGCAAUAAUAAUAUUUUAUUUAAUAUUUAAAAAAAGUAAGUAUGUUAGUUUUAAAAGUUCAAAAAUUAUAAUUUUAAUUUUUUGAAAUUUAUAGUUUUGUUAUAGUUUUACUUUAAUUCCAAUUCAAUAAUUACGAGGUUAUUAGCAAUUAAAUUAAAAUUUUAAUAUCAUUUUAUGAUCUAUUACUAAAUGUUUAGUGUAGUCAGCUCUCGUCAUAUUGAUAAAGUUAAGAGUAUCUUUAGUAGAAAUUUUAAUAUGUGUAUAUAAAAAUAAUUUAUGAUUUAUAGUUAACAAGCAUUGAAGUAUGAGGAAUAUAUUUAUAUUAGUUUUCAGUUGUUACUGUUAUUUUUUUAAAUUUGAAUGUUAAAUUUGUUUAAAAUUAUUUUAUUGUGAUAGAUUGUAAAGUUGAUUAAAAAAUUAUUAUCAACUAUUGUCGAUAAUUAUGUAGUGAUUUAGAACUAUCAAAUUUAAAUGGAAAUUAGUCAGAAGUUUCUGAUUUUGAUUUAUUAGACAAGCCCAAACAUGUUUGCCCAAUUUAAAUUGAACCACAAAAAAGGUAAAAAUUAUAUAUUUGUAAUAUUUCAUAAAUGUUCCUUUCAUAAUUUUUGUGCAUUCAGUUACACAAACGUUAUUCAAUGGAAUAUAAUUUAAAUUGCAAACUCAGUUUCAAAUGCAGGCAUGAAAAUCGAGUUAGCAAUAAAGUAAAAUAUUGAACUAGAUUUUGUCAUAUUACAGUGCCAUACUUUUUUGGAUCAAAACUUAUACCUGAUAUUCAUUAAAAUUAUUUACAAAUAGUUUUACUUUUAUAAAAAAAUGUGUUACAUAAUAAUUGUAUUCAUAUCAGCGUCUAUUGUUUUAAAUUAAUUAUGGAAGUUAGUUUUUAAUUAUUAUUUUAAAAACAUGAAAAGUAUAUUCUUAAAAAAACAUACUAUACUAAAACAGUAUACUUUUAUUUCCUAUUUUAUCUCUUUUUGAGGUAAAUAGGGUUGAUAGUUAAAUGAUCACUAAAAAGAAUUAGGUAAACCAUAAAAAAUGAACUUCUUAAAGAGAUGCUUCAAUUGAAUUAUUACUUUUGUUAAUUGCAGUUAUUUGGUUACCAAAACUGCUACUCUGUAUAGUUCUUUUGCCAAAAAUUGUUCCUCAUUAACACUAACAAAAAUUGAACACAACAAUUCUUGUCAUUAACAAAAGUUGAACAUUACCACAGGCGGUGUUAUACAACAUUUUUUUCAGUCAGUAAUUCUAUCAUUUUUUAAGGAGUGAAAUUUAAGAUAGAUGAAUGAAUUUCAAAACAUUUGUAAAUGACUGUCAUUUUACCACAAAGAUUAUCUUAAAACAAAACCUUUUAGCUGUAAUUACUCGCAAUGUUUGAGCAAUUAGUUUCCUGAAUUAAUGAAUGAGUCUUACUGAUACAAUGGUUGAUUUUCGAAAGGGUUAUCUUUCUUCAUCAGCAGGAAAAAAAUGUAACAAAUAUUUUAGGAAUAAUAUUUUUACUCUUGGUAAACUUUUUGAAGUGUGAAAAUCAAAUCAAAUACACGUCUAUGUGCAUAUUAUUAGCGAAAUCUGACUACUAAUAUAUAUUAUUUUAUUUCAACGUUUAUAGGAUAAUCAUGUAUAUUAUUUAACAUCAAAUUGUAAUGUUAUUGUGAACAAACUGAAUUCUCCAUUAAUGCAUGCACACUUUUUAAGCUAUAAGAUUAUAAAGGUUGUAUAAUUCUGCCUCUUAGUAACACUAAGUAUUGAGAUAUAUAAAUAUAAAAAUCAGAUUGUUAGUAAUUCCUUUUUCUAUUAAUGGUUUAUCUAUUCAGUAGCAAACGUUACGAAUAAGUUACUGAUGAGUAAAAAAUAUCUCUGAAAACAUAUAAUUCCUGAACUUUUUUUUUUUAAAGAAUAUUCUUUGGAAAUGUUUGUUUGCUUGCUAGGAAAAUAUGUUUGGGGAAUCAUUUUUGAAAUUGUUCUAGUAUUAUUUUCAUACAUGAUAGAAUAGAUGUAUUUCAAUAGUGUUUGUUGAAAAGUGACAAAAUAAUACCACUUUAGGGGAUUUUUGAGACAUUUUUGUGCUAAAUUUUUUUUAACAUUUGUCAUUAAUCUGAAAUAUAAUUUUGAUUUUUGCACUGCAGGGUUAAAUGUUCGAAUUUGUAUUAUAUGACUGGAAUUUUCUUUUAUGUUACUGAGUUACCAGUGACUUUUUUUUAUACUCAUGUGUAAUAUCUUGUAAUUAUUGUAAAUGAAACUUUUGUAUGCCUCAAUUGAACCCAUUUAAUAUAUUUAUGUGUUCUGUAUAUCUAAUAAAAUUUUUUUUUGUAAUAAA